AUGAAAAUUUUAGAUAUAGGCCUACAUGCACGUCUAAGCAAGCAAGUACGUGAGCGCGUGCACGGCCCUGGAGCCCUGCUUCCCAACGCCACCGCCAACGUUCCAACCCCAACCACCGGACAACGCCAACCCCCAGCACCGCCAACGCCCAACCCCCAAUAUCCCCGACAACGCCAACCCCCAGCAACCGCCAACGCCAAACCCCAACCCACGACAAGCCAACCCCCAGCAUCGACAACGCCAACCCAGCACGCCAACGCCAACCAGUUAUCGACAACCUUCCAACCCCAGCACCCCAACCGCCAAACCCCAAACCACCGACAACGCAACCCAACACCGACAAACCGCCAACCCCAACCAACCGACAACGGACCCAACCCAACCACCGACAACGCCAACCCCACCCCACCCAACGCCAACCCUAAACCACCGACAACGCCAACCCAGUACCGGACAACGCCAAACCCCAACCACCCAACAACAACCACCCACAGCCAUCACCGAAGCCCAACCCCAGUACGACAACAACCCAACCCAAACCACCGACAACGCAACCCCAGCCCGACAACGCCAACCCCAACCACCGACAACGCCAACGCCAACCCAAACCCCAGCACCCAACCGCAACCCAACCCCCAACACGCCACCCCCAGGACAACGCCAACCCAACCAACCGAUAUCGCCAACCCCAACCACACCGCCAACACCAACACGGACAACGCCAACACCAACCACCGACAACGCCAACGCCAACCAGCACCGACAACUCCAACCCCAACCACCGCCAAACGCCAAACCCCAGCCCCAAAGCCCCCCGACAUCGCCAACCCCAACCACCGACAACAAACCACCCACAGCAUCAUAACACACAUAACGUAA